UCCCUUCGUCAUAGGUUGGGGUAAAACAAUGGAGGGUGGUACCUCUUCCAAUGUCCUACAAGAAUUACAAAUUCCCAUUUAUGACAAUCAAGUGUGUAGAGAUCGUUAUAAACAGCAGAAUCGUCUAUUUACCGAAAAUCAAUUUGAUAAAGCUGUUUUAUGUGCGGGUGUACUAUCCGGUGGCAAGGAUACCUGUCAGGGAGAUUCUGGUGGUCCUCUUAUGAUACCAGAGAACUAUGGCAACAAUGUGCGUUUCUAUUUGAUUGGUGUUGUAUCCUAUGGUAUUGGUUGUGCCCGUCCCGAAAUUCCCGGUGUCUAUUCAAGUACACAACAUUUCAUUGAUUGGAUUGCACAAAAAGUAGCUGAUACUCCUUAAAUUAUUACCUUUUUUGGCCGUUUUUUGCCUUUAAGUAAUAUUUAUGUCUGUUUUUUUUUAUAUUUUUUUAAUAAUUUUAAGCCUCAAUUGUAGUCUAAGUAAUAGAGUGAGAGAUUAUUUAUACAGUUUAAUGUUAAAUUUUUUUUGAUUUUGAUUUUUAUUAUUUUCAUAUUUUUAAAUAAAAUUUGUUCUAAAGAUUUAAUUAUUUU